UACCAAGGGUCAGCUUCCCUUGAGCAUGUGCAGGUUCGGUCCCCAGGGCUCCUUGCCCCUGGCCAGCUUCCCCCUGGAGCGUCCCCCAGGCAGCCCUCGACAUGAUCUCCAUCACUGAAUGGCAGAAGAUUGGCGUGGGCACCACUGGCUUCGGCAUCUUCUUCAUCCUCUUUGGAAUGCUCCUGUACUUUGACUCCGUGCUGCUGGCCUUCGGAAAUCUGCUGUUCCUGACUGGCCUCUCCCUCAUCAUCGGCCUGAGGAGGACGUUCUCCUUCUUCUUCCAGAGGCACAAACUCAAGGGCACCAGCUUCUUCCUGGGGGGCGUGGUCAUCGUCCUGCUGCGCUGGCCUCUCCUGGGCAUGUUCCUGGAAACCUAUGGCUUCUUUAGCCUCUUCAGGGGCUUUUUCCCUGUUGCCUUUGGCUUCCUGGGCAGCGCCUCCAACAUCCCCUUCCUGAGUGCGCUGUUCCAGAGGCUUCAAGGCACCAGUUCAAUGGUCUGAACAGCAGAGAUGCACUCCUUGAACUUGGAUCGCUGGGCAAGGGGGCUGGAAAGGAAAUGGGAGACAUCUCGCAGGCGCCCACCCCGCACUGACUCAUCCCCCUGACGCAUCCGGACCUCUCCAGGUCCAGAAGGAUGGACGGAGCUGAGGGACUGACCUCGAUCCCCAAGUCAGUGCAGGAAGCCGUCAAGACUGCUGGGAACAGAGACCCAGGGCCCACGAGAGGAAAAGCAGAGAUUAAAUCCCCAAGCUGUGAACGUG